CGAAUUUAUACCGUACACCUGCUGUGUAGUGCCAAGUGCAAAGCGGACCGCGUUUCCUCGAAAGCGAUCGCUUUCGGAAGAAAAAUCGCGCGUUCGUCUCGCGAAAGACAGCGUCGCGCGAUCGUCAGAUUUGCUUGAAUCGCGAUCGAUGAUCAAUCGCAUUGCUCCUAGUCGUCUCCUUUCAGUUUUACCAACGGAGUAAGGAGAAAGAGGAAGAGGAGCAGCGAAAGGAUUUAUAUUAUUAAAAAAAGAAGAAGAAGAGGGUAUUUAACUGGUGCGACGUGAGUUGUCCGAGUGCAGUGUGACCGUCGGAUUAAAAGUGAAGUGAGGAAAAUAAAAGAAAAAUUAAGUCCGGCCGAAAAAUGGUGCCACAGCAACAGGACAGCCCGUCUAGCUCGGGUAUACCCAUGUUUGGAUCGUUGCUCGUGGAUAAAAAUUCAGCAACGCCGUACUCCGAUGCCACCCAGACGAAGAAGAACAAUCCGAAUCAUAUAAAGAGACCGAUGAACGCGUUCAUGGUUUGGUCGCAGAUCGAGCGAAGAAAAAUAUGCGAGAUUCAGCCGGACAUGCACAACGCUGAGAUCAGCAAGCGGCUAGGGAGACGUUGGAAAACGUUGGACGAGGCGGAGAGGCGGCCUUUUAUCGAGGAAGCCGAGAGGCUAAGGCAGUUGCACAUGAUGGAGUAUCCCGACUACAAAUAUCGACCUAGGAAAAAGACGUCGAAGCCGAGCGCGUCGGUCAGUCCUAAGACGAAGGACGGUGUCAAGAAACCGAGGAAAUCAUUGGCGACCUCUGCUUCUUCCCUCUUGUCCUCCGCGAUCAGCGUCGGGACGUCGAAGGGUCAGUCGCGAAACGACACGAACAACAACAUGCAGCAGACGAACAACGGAAUGGCUAGUACGGUUAAGAGAUUGCAGACGCAUACGAACGGUAGCAAACCGGUGUCGCGUUUGAAGGUCAGAUUAGCGCUGGACAAACGAUCUUCGCUCGAUUACACCCCCGCUCCGCCGAUCGUCACCGCUAAAAUACCGAGCAGUCCAUCCUGCGUCACGCCAGAUUCCCCAGAGUCUGCCAGCUUCUACGAGGACAACUUCCUCGAAUGCGGCUCCUCCGCUCGACUCGCCUCCGCCUCCGCCUCCGCUUCCAGCAACCUCGGCACACCGAAGGGAACCGGAAAGAUCAAGCGAGAGGCCAACCUGGAAAUGGACUACGAGUCGACGUUCGAACCGAAAGAUCGACUGCUAUCGUCGGUCGGUCCCGUUUCAUCGAACAUCCCCGUUACCUUCCCGUCCACCGUCGAAGGCAUCGACGGUUUGAUCAGCGACAGGAGUUACCGCGCCCAAACACCCUGCCAUCGUUCCGGCUUCUUCGUGAAAGAGGAACCGAUCGAGGCGGUCGACACGGACAUGGAAAUGGAAACGAACACCGCGACCACGACCACGACGAUACCGUCGCGAGCCACCAUGCACGGAUUGGAACGAACGUCCUCGAGCUCCUCGUCCGAUUCGACCUCUCUAACGACCGCGACCACCACCAUUCCCACCGUCGCGAUGUCGACGAACACCGGAACCACCGCGACGAUAAACGAAGACGCGGUCCUCGACGAUACCAACGUCACCGCGACGGUGGUGAAACUCGAGGAACCGGGAAACAAUCCCAGCCUGGCCGACCUCUACUCCCUGACGGACCUGUUGCAGAUACAACCGUCGGACUUUAAGCUCGAUCUGGACAUGGAGACGAUAACCAGCGACCUGGACACCUUCGAGACCGCCAGCUCCAGCAGCGGUUCGCACUUUGAGUUCUCCUGCACCCCCGACGUCACGGACAUGCUGUCCACUAUCGGCGUCGGCAACGAUUGGGUCAGCUUUUGAGACGGAAGGGGAGAGCGCGAGUUCCUCUCGCGUUACAAACUUCUCUCCGACUCUUUCUUUCUUUCUUUUUUUUUUUGUACAUGUACUGUAGUAUAUUAGAUUUAAGGCAUUCUCUUUUUAUACCUUUGUACGGCAUUAUUAACCGACGAACGCGGCAGUCGUGGCCCUGCCCCCCGAUGCGACGAUCGAGGAUGAUCUUCGAUUUUUUCGCGAUCCGUUUGUUCGCCACGACGAACCUCGGAACCAACGUCUUUGAUGCAUCAAACGUUUGAUCUCAUGUUUUCUUCUUUACAGUUAGAACUAUCUUAGUUUGGAACUUGUUACGCGGCCGCUUUCAAUCCUUUCUCGCUGUUUCCGUACUUUGGCGAACCGUCUAACGGGCCGAUAUCAAUCGUCGUCGCAACACGCGUAUCGAGCACACUGCCAACUAAACUUGUAUCUUUCAUUUUUUUUUUCUUCUUUUCUUUAAUUUCGUCCGCUCAAUUUGCGCAACUGCCAAAAACGAAACGAAUCCAAUUUUCGUUAUGUCGCCGCUCUUUAUAUUUCUUUGUAAACGGCGAUAUUCGUUUCGUAUACUUUUUCGUAGCUCUUUAACGCUACUGCCAUUUACACGGUACACACAUACACACACACACACACACAACACACACGUACACACGUACAUCUAUGGUCGAGAGAGAGACUGCUUACAUCGUGGUAAGUUCGUAAGUCGUAACAGAGCGACAGGCAAAAAUGAGAGGAAAUACGCGACGCUCAAAGAUUUAUUGCCCAUCUUUUUUAUUUUUCUCUCCUUGCUUCGAUUCUUCUUCCCGUCGAAAGAAAGUAUAAUACCCCGCGCGCGCAAAGAGAACAACAAACGAGAAAGAAUGUUUCGAGUGUAUUCGUGUUGCGGCGCGUACGUGAAACGCGCGAUAUAUAUUCCACGAAACGGAGUUGAAUCCAAACAAUUGAAAGCCAAAGUAGAAAAACAGAUUUUGUCUCUCUUCGCCUUCCCGGCUCUCCCAUUAUUUUUUUCCUACAAUUUAAUAGGCUGUGAAUUAUUUGUCGUCGUUGUUGAUCUAAAGACGUCCGACGAUCGAGAUUCGACGAGGGAUGCGCGGGUAGCCGAGAAGUAUAAUUUCGGGUAACCGCGCACCCCUUACGUUCGAUUUAUCAUCGCGAAUAAUGAACGAUCGAAAGGGAGGUGUCGCGUACGUCGACGAGAGAGGAUGGACAGGGAGGGCGUGAGGGAAGGGGAUGAAGGGACAAAAGUUGACGACCAGAGAGAAAUUGGUACGUUUCUACUCCGUUACCCGUAAAGUAGAGAUACAAAGGAACACACCAAAGUGCAAUAUUACCCCGUAUGUAUAUCUGUCUGUAAAUGCGCAUAACACCGAACAGAAAGAAAAAAGAAAAAAAAGAAAAAAAGAAAAACGACACAGUUAUCGAGAUACGAGCUCGCCUGGUCGUUCAAUUCGAAUUAGAAAGGGCAGAAUUGCGAUCUCACCCAGAAAGGAUUAAAUCUAUUUUUCAACGACGAUCAUCGAUGUAAUCGUCGAGUUAAUGUGUAGAUUCUACGGUAUAUAUGCGUAUGUAUUAGCGCGACGCGAAAGAAUCUUGCAGAAAAAUGCCAACGAAAGCGCGUUUGGCAAUAUUUUUACACGUACACGGUUUGCAGGAGUUUGUGGUCGUUAUCGCGUUCGACGAACGUACGUCGAGGCGUUUGCUCUCGAAAUCCAGCCGGAUCGCAGAGUGUGCGGUGUUUUAAUUAAGUUAACGUUACACGUUCGUGGAACGCGAUAAUUCCACGAGGUUUUUCGUUAUUUCGCCAGUUUCUUUCCGUUUCGUUUCGUUUCGUUCUACCCGUUCUUUCGACUUUUCGUUGCUUCCGUGAUUUUCGUCCCGUUACCUUGGAUCGUUCGAUCUCGUCGUACGCGAGAAAGAAUUCUCGGUAAGAAUCGCGUCGAAGGAAAACGAACGAGUUUCGUCAAACUCGUUCGUUUUCGUUCGGUGCGCGCUUCGCGCGUUUCCUUCGUUUUCCAACGAAGAAAUUCGUGGAAAUAUUCGAUCGGAGAAGCAUUUAGCGAAGAAUAACGCGUGUCCGAGCGAUUACGUCUCGUAGGUUUAAGUUUUUUUCAUUGUACCACGAUAGUGAAAUUAGUUGCAUUAACGACUAACUUUAUAACGCGUAACGACUGUACAUUUGUAUUUAGCCCUUUGUUUAUAUAUAUAAUAAUACUUAUUACCUUGUUAUUAAGUAUUCGAUUUAUAUAAUUUUUUUUAUCGAACUUAUUAAAAAAGUAUUUUGAAAACGA